ACCAAUAGUAUUCAAUGUUUUAUGCAUUUUUGUAGAAAUAUUUUUUUAUUGUAAAAUAUGUAUAAUAUCAAAAUGUAUAAUUUCAUUUAUUUGAGAAAUGUGUUAGAACUUUGUUCCCAAAUAACGUCCAAACAGUAUGAAACAAAAUCAGUAACAAAAAAUUACUUUUGUCUUAACUAUAACCAUGUGGUCACAAAGUAAUAAAUGUUCUGAAUAGCGCAAUAGUAACUUCUAAUAAUAUCUUUACAACUUGAAAUAAAAAUAUUUGUUUUGUAAUUUAAUAUUUAGAUUUACUUUCAUUAAAUAAAAUAAUAUUAUUGCAUAGAGAUCAAAGUAUUGAAUCUGGUAUAAACAAGAAUAUUAACCAAAAAGUUGAAAUGGGAGCGGUGUACUCUUAUAUUACGCGACCAAUUCGUUCAUUUAACAUUGAAAAUCGUACAGCACGUAUUCUUGGCAAGGAGAAGCCAAUUUCUGCUCCUGAAUAUCCAUCAGUACAGAGACAAAGGGAAGUUGUAGAUAAAUUGAAACCUAAUUUGAGAGACACUCAGAACAAAAAGGAUCAUGAAUUAAAUGAUCGCUUAAAGAGUGUCUUCGUUCAGUCUAAAGAUCCAGAGAUUGAACCAACACAAGUCUCAUCUAGGCCAUUACCACUGGAUAGAAGUCAAUAUUCUUUAGAUGAAUUUUAUGAAUCGCUUGUUCCUCAGAAGGGUAAAUGUACCAUAAAAGAAGUAGUAACGUUUCUGACUAAACAUCAAGAAAAUAAGGUAGAAUACUCUAUAGAAAGAAUAUCCCAAAAGUAUCAAAUAGAUAAACAAACAGUAGAAAAUAUUUUAACAAGUUAUAAACUCUUUCACGUGAUGACAGAUGUGAAACAGCUGAAGAUAGAGGAGGGUAAGAAAAAGUAAGAUUCUUGUAUUAUAAUUAACCGUUUGAGUCCCAGUGGUCUUUGCAAAAGCAGGGUCGAAAAAUCCCUAACAGCGCGAUAGCGCUUGUUCUAAUCGAUUGCGAAGAGAAACAAGCGGCGUAAUAGCGCUCAUCAUAUUUGUUAUUUUUAUGAAAUACAUCUAUAUUGUUAUAUAUGUUAUUAUUAUAUAUUAUUAUAUAUUAUUAGUUUAUAAAUAUUUCAAGUUUUGUUUAAUAAAAAUUAUUGAGGAGAUAACAAUGAAAUACAAAAUACCGUCAGUCGUCCGUAGCGUUCAAAUGUACUGGGACUUUUCGAUACAAAAUCUGAACAGCACGAUUGCAUUGCUUGGGACUCAAACCCAAAAGUUAAAAGAAUCUAAUAUCAUGUAGAAUAAAAAUAAAUAACAAUUUAUUAAAAAUUA